UUUUCCUGGCGGUCACUCGGUGCCAUGCAGGAUUAUCUCAGGGAGAGGAGCCGCGUUACACAGUUACAGAGCUCCGCUGACAGCAAAGGGUGGCAAGGAGCUGCUAGAGACCCAGGCCAUGCCCUCCUGCUGGUGACUGGACCGCUCACCCUCCCGCGGGGCUGUCAGCAUCCCUGGUUCGCCUUUGUCACCGGCAGAAGGGUUGACAUGUGCCUAUGACCAUGGAGAUGAAGGACUCGGGCAGCGUUGUCCUGACAGCUUACCAUCCCCACAGCCCGGCCAGGAUCUCAGGCAUGGAGCAGAGCUUUGUGCAGGACAUCACCUCCAGCCAUUCGCCCACUGGCAGAAAGUCUCUCCUUCAUUGUCGAAGAAUUAAUAGGAUGCUCUCCAACGAGUCAGCACUUCCUCCUGCAUUCAGUCGCUCCAACUCACAGGCCUCCAUGGACAGUACCUCCAUGGAGGACUUCUGGUGUGAAGUGGAGAGCAUCAAGGAAAGCAGUGAAGAUGGAUCUGAAGAAGCAACACUCUUGGAGUUCAAACCUGCUGAUGAAGGAGAGCUGGAGGCAGAAUGGCUGCAAGAUGUAGGUUUGUCUACAUUGAUCUCGGGAGCUGAAGAGGAAGAUGGCCAGGCCCUGCUGUCCACUCUGACCCGAACUCAAGCUGCUGCUGUACAGAAGAGGUAUAACACCUACACACAAACCCUCAGGAAGAAGAACAAGCAUACGGUCCGGGAUGUGCGAGACAUAUUUGGCACCAAUGAGUCUUCUCCCACAUUUGAGACAGUUCCAGUGUCACCAGUUCCUUCUAAUGGUAUCCAGCUUCCUGGGCAGAAGCCAGUUUGGAAAUCAGUUAGCUCUAAUAGCUGUCUAAACUGUGGACUAGAUAAAGGCAGCCCACCCGUAACAGAAGAGCUCUCCUACGAGGUCUCUUUCUCAGAAUCCAUUAUGGUCCUUCCAAAAACUCAAGAAUGGCCGAAACCCCAGAGGUUCAAAAAGGAAGACUCUGCUUUGCCUAAAUUCAUUGUUCGGAAAAGCCGUUUUGGACUGACAGAGAUUGGAGACCUUUCUCCUGAAGACAUGAAGAAGAUCCGCUACCUCUCCCUGAUUGAGCUAACGGCCUUCUAUGAUGCACUGGGGGUGGAGCUGAAGAGGAAUCGUGCAGAAAGGGUGCGGGGACGAGAAAAUGGUCUGUUUGGAGUCCCUCUCACUAUACUGCUGGAGAAUGAUCAGAAGAAGGUUCCUGGAAUAAAAGUUCCCCUUAUCUUCCAGAAAUUGCUGCUCAAGCUUGAAGAAACAGGUUUAGAAACUGAAGGAAUUCUACGAGUGCCUGGAUCUGCCUCCAGAGUCAAGAAUCUCCAUCAAGAACUUGAGGCAAAAUUUUAUGAAGACACUUUUGACUGGGACCAAGUACGAAAUAAUGAUGCAGCAGGACUGCUGAAAAUGUUUAUAAGAGAACUCCCGAGCCCCCUCUUCACAGUAGAAUAUCUGCCUGCUUUCAUCACCCUAGUAGAAAAAAUCCCCAAGAUCAAGUUACAGCUACAAGCUUUGCAUCUGUUGAUCAUGCUGCUGCCUGAAGCCAACAGAGACACAGCCAAGGCCUUUCUUCAGUUCCUGAAGAAGGUGGUUGCUAACGAAGGGAAAAACAAAAUGAAUUUGUGGAAUGUUUCUAUGAUUGUUGCACCAAACCUGUUCAUCUACAAAGGAAAACGUGCAAACCAACAAGAAAUGCAAGCAGCAGCCACCACUGCACAUAUUGUACGGCUUUUAAUUCGGUACCAGGACAUCCUGUGGACAGUCCCAUCCUUCCUGAUUUCCCAGGUGAGAAAAAUGAAUGAAGCAGCAAUGAACAACAGCAAGAGGCAGCUGAUGUUCGACAAAGGAGUGAGAAAACUUCUGAGAAGAAAGACCAUGGAGCGGGAGAGACCUGAAAGACCGGAGGGAGCUGUCACUUUCCCCCCAUACCUGCAGUCUGACAUACCCGAGGGGGUGAUAAGAGUUUAUGCUCCACUGCAUUCAAAAGUCUCUAUGGCAAUUCAACUCAACAGUCAAACAAAAGCCAAAGACAUUCUGGCUCGAUUUCACUGUGAAAACAGCCACAGUUCAUCACAGAAUGUGAGAGGCCAGAUCCAAAGUUUACAUGAAAUUGGAGGAAAUAUAGGUCAGCACUGUUUGGAUCCAGAUGCGUACAUGUUAGAUGUUUACCGUGCAAAUCCUCAGGCAGAAUGGGUGAUAAAACCAAAAGCAACCUGAAGCAGAAGGCUGUGGCAUACUGGACAAAAGUGAAAUGGACAACAGUGAUGCUUGUCAUUUUAAGAAGCUCUUUGCAGAGAUGAAACAAAAUGGUAGCUACAGGAUAUCAUUCCUUCCUACUGUAGUGUUCAGUUGAUGUUUGCCAUUGACUACUUUUCGUAUAAGCAUUAUCGUUCCAGCUUCUGGACCAUCUGAAAAUAUCACAUAACCCAUAUGUUUUCAUAUGCGCUACACUUGUGCCAGUUGGUCCAGAAGGAGAACAGACCAAGGUACGGUGCACAGAAGACGACCUGUUGCAUACAGAGUUGCCCGUUUCCUGAGCUGGUGUUAGAACAUGAACUUUUGGAAAGAACUGAGCGGCAUCUGCAGAUGUGUCAAACACCACAGCGUAACACAGAGCAUCACGGAGACAUUCAAGAAGAGAAUGUAUCUGUCAAGCACGCAAGAGAGCUCAACCUGCAGCGGUGCCAAGUUGUGGCUGUGUAACAAAAUCAAACCUUUCUGCUGAAAGUAAGAAUGGACAGCGUGCAUUACUGCAAUAUUUAUGUCUCUCAGUCACUGCUCAUGAGUACCUGAUGCUGGGGAAGGGGGAAAGAGAGGAGGAAGAACUACUGGAUAGACAAUUAUACUGCUUUGUGUAUGUACCACUGUAUAUAUUACUACCAGUCUUCCAAAAUCAUCUGUCUGGAUUGCAUUGCUGUAUGCAAUUGUGGCGCCUCAAACCAUUUUCUCCUUCCUUCCUCCCCUGUCAUACACACAAGCUUCAGGAGACAAAUACUAGGCGAGAAGGGGCAUCUGACCCCAUCUAUUUCUUGAUACUCUCAAAUUUAAGUCUAUGUAAUGCCAUACUAUGAGAUAUAUGUUAAUGGUGCCACUUACAGCCAUCACAAAUUUUUGUUAAACAUUAUAGUUUCUUUAUUUGUAGCCUAAUUAUUUUUCAUUUGUUUAUUUUAGCUUUAAUAUGUAAGCAACAUUUAUACUAUGCAGCUGCAUUGAGAAGAGAGAUCUUUGUCCUUAUCUUGUAUAGUUCCGCUUGGAGAAGAAAAAGAGUUUCCAACGAGCAGAGGGAUUUAAUACUCUUAUUCAACAUUUACAUGUUAGUCUUAAACUGUAGCCAAAUAAGUCCCAGUUGGACUAAGGGUUUUACAAAUACAGCAAAUUGCAGCUACUUUUACAGAUGGCAUGCAGUCUAUAAGAGAACACAGGCUGACAAGAGAACAGUGGGCUCCAACUGCAAAUGUGAGCCAGAAGGUCUAGUUUGUAGCCAGUCACAAGGGUGAGCACUAUUCUUCACCUAAUCCUCUUGUUUUGGGGUAUACUUUAUAGAACUGCAGCGUAUUUGUUGAGUAAGGAAAUCAAAAGUCUCUGGAAAACAGCAAGUAUUUUUUUUCCAUCCUUGUCUUACGCAAAAAAUGUGAACUAAUGCCUUCAUCUGCACCACAAUAUUACCAUCAUUGGAUAACAAUAUUGCACAACAAUAUCACUCACAUUCUGAGCAGCAGGGUUUUUUCCCGAUUUGGACACACAGAUGAGGCAGAAGCUGGUGCUCUGUUUACCAGGCAGCUAUGUAAUAGGAUUCUGAACCAAGUCCUCCAGGUGAACAUGAAGUAUGCUGUCCUGCAAAGAAACCCGUAACUUGUGAUGCUCUGCUAUGAAGAUUUUUCACAUUCUAGAAACUGUGCUUCUGGUUCAGUUUCUCAUGUUCUCCCGUAGUCAACUUUCACUGUUAGUGUUCACUGAAAGUAAUCAAUGUUCAAUCGGUUAUUUUACCAGCAACAAUGUCAGCAGAGGGCAAAUCCCAUCUCUCUUUCUUACCUUCUUGAAAUAAAAAAUGAUCAAAUUUAGCACUACGAAAUUUUUAACUUUCUUCUUUUUUCUUAACACUAAUGGAUGCAUAGUUGCAGCCAGGAAAAGACCAGGGCAGUUGUACUAUACAAUACGCUGCUUAUUUUGACAACUAUUUAUUUUAAGUGUAUGAGAGAUAGUAGACCCAUGGUUUGUUCAUAGGACUAAGCAUAAACAUUUUAUCAAGUGCUUUGCUCCUGAUUCCCCUUAUUGGUUCCCUCUGUAGCAAUGGACAAUUCUAUUUACGCUGCCCUUUUCUUUUAGCGGUAAAACAGGGCUAGUACUUGCCUUAUAAAGGUAACACAAGAAUUAGUUAAGUUCUGUUCCAAGAUAUAGCUAAACAAUUCCCUAAGCAGAACAGUAGUUAUAAACACCCAUCUAGGGAGGACACACUCAGCAGAAGUGUGGAAAGUGUAAUGUGCUUUGAAUAUACAUAGCAUCAUAUAAAUGCUAUGCAUCAGUAUAUUUAUAGCCAACGAAGGAGCUUUUAUGACUACAGAGAAAGAGAAAACAUUAACUAAAGAAUUUGAAAUGUCAUAGCAAAUGAGAUAACUCUACAGUACUUUCAAGCACAUUGACCUCCUCUGUCUUGCCGGCUCACUUCACUCUGUGUUCUCAACAGCUGUGCAGUGGAAAGUACAGAGCACCCAUGUGCUCACACCGUAACCUGCUCAGCAUGUUCUGAAUUCUGACAUGAGAAAUUCACCAAUGAAAUAGAUCUCAUUGUAUUCCAUACAGGAUACAAGGGGGUUUUGGAAGACUUCCACCUUUUGCCACUUUGCAGCUUAAGAAAGCCAGAUCUGAUUUAGUGAAAUCCAUCCUGUGAACAGUUGUUUUAUACUAAAACUGUCUAUAAUUCUGAAAGACGUGAGUGUUAGCAAAUGAACUAGAUUCUCCAUACAGGUCUCAGGCUGCUGCAGCAUGGCCAGAUACCUGCUGUUUCUGGAAAAGAAUGGCAAAAUUCUUUUAUGAUACAAAUGGACCUAAUGACCCAUGUAUACUGUGGUUAAUACUGUUACACAUUACGUUAUUUUGUGUUGUGGUACACUGACUUGAUUGCAGCAGACAAACCAAACAAUCUCUACAACAUUUUUUAAUAUGAGGCCUCAACUUUAGACCUUGUAUUUCAAAAUUCUGGUGUAAACACCUGCAAUUCUGUUACUCCCAACAGUAGUUGAAGUCAAAACCAUGUUUUGGUAGUAUUGUAACCUAACAAAUGUGGAAAGCUGCUAAUAAGAAGCAAUCAGGGAGUAGCUUAUUCAGCAAAAUCCAAAGAUGCCUCAAGCAUUCAUGCACUCCUUGGUUCUUCAAAGACAGCAUUUUGCAUAUCAACACAGUAUUGAAAGAAGUAGGUAUUGGAAAGAGACUGGAAUGCUCUAACCUGUUUAUGCAGCUAAUGUCAUUAGAAUGUGUGCAUGUGUACAAAUGUAUCAGUGUCUAUAUACAGACUAUUAACUACCUCACUCUGCAUUUUCCAGAAAAAAAUAUUUUGGCUUAUAUUCCAAAGCUUUCUAUUAUUAAUUUCACCUCUCUACUAGUCUUUUAUAUUGAUAAAAUGUGUCUCCUUCUAAGGGGGAAGAUUUGGAAAUAACUAAAAUCCAAAAGACAUAUUUCAGGAUAUGGAUGAAAUUUUAUCCAAAUUGCCUCAAUUACUGCUUGUAAUGUGAACCUUACAAGAUCAGAUCUUGGGGUUAAUAGAUAACAAAUACAGACAUACUGUGUUUGGUUUUUUUAUUUUUCAAUGGCUUUCCAUUAAUGUGUGUCUUCUCUGGAAAAUAGUACGAUGCCACUAAUCAAAGCAAAAUGUUUGUAUGUACAGUUCCCUUACACUCCUCGUUAUGUUAUCUGUUUUGUUAAAGUAAGCCCACAUGUAAGUCUAUUUGUACAGCAGAAUGUGCCCAUUGUAUUGUAUCCAUGCCAAAAAUAAAAAUAAUACCAACAAAGACAGCUCUUCAAAUCAAUGGUUUUCAGACAGAAGUGGGUGACAGAAACUGCAAAAAGCAGUUAUGAAUCUGUCUUAAAAGCAACUGUGUUGUUAGAGCACCUUAAGAGCUGCACAAAGGAUGACAUUCUGCCAUCGUCACUCAAGUGGAGCAGUUCUUUGGUCCAGAAGCACUUCUCUUGGGCUACACCUCAGUGUAAGGUACAAAAUGACACGGCCUGGAAUCCUGCCUCACUGAAACCAAACGGCUUUGGGGCUUCAUUUGAGCCAGUAUUUCUUAAAACUAGUCUGAUACCUAGAGCAAAACUGACUUUAAAAUUAAUUGUAAAAAUGUAUAGCAAAAGCAAGAAAAAUUGUAAAGAGUAAACGAAAACACUGUUAGUACAAAGAGAAAAAGAGGAGAUGGAAGUGACUUGUAAAUAACCGUUUAUUAGAGCCCAAUCUUCAAGUACGGAACAUGUUUUUCACUGCUUAAUGAUCUGGCCAGGUGAUGAAUGUGGAUGUGCUUACUUGAGUCAGAUUGAGAGUGUGUCCCCCAGACCUGGCUGUAACACAACUGGAAGCCUCAUUUUAGAAACAAAGGCAGGCGCAGUAGGAAAAGGUAAAGACAAAACUGCUCGCUGUCCUGUGAAUUAGGAACAACUGGGCACAAAAUGUACUUCCCUGUGUCCCAUAAGAAAUGCUGUUUUAUCAAGAAAGACGCAUUAGUUGUACACAGUAAGUUCCCAAGCCGGACCCAAAUGAUUUCCUCACCAACACAUUUCGUAUGCGUCUCUGCUGUGGAGUUCCUGCUUGUACUGCAGCUGAUGACAGGAAAGCAUAAACAGGAACAUAAUCUUCUGAGACAACAUGGCUAUAAUGGGGGUCAGAAGCACUGGAUAUUAAGGCAGAAGGAAAAGUAUACCAUAGAAAGUAUAAAUAAGAAAAAUCUAUUC